GUGCCAGGGCGUAGACACAUUACAGCUCAAAGGGGCAGGCGCGGUACGACAAGUCCGUCGGAGAUAGGACCGUCAAGAUGAGCAGCCGGGUACGACACCAGCUCGGUACCCUCUGCCAACUUCCGCGUCAGCCACUUCUCUCCCCUCCCCAUUUCUGGCUUGACGGGGGCGAAAGAAACGCGUGGCGCACAUUAAACUUUCCAAUCUGUGCGUGUCAUGUCGGUUUAAGGUUCGGUUGCGAAUGCGCUCGUUGUUCUUCACAUUUUUCUAUAAGCGCUUCCCGCUGCCCGUCGCUCCCACGCUCCGCCCUCGCCGCCCUUUUUCCCUCUCCUUCUCCUUCUCCCUUCUUGCUUCGUUAUCCCUCUUUCCCUUUCCUACGCACCCUCCCUCCACACUACUAAACCAGCAACUCGCUCUCGGCUACCUCCCACCAUGUCUUCCAUGGAGACAUACUACGGGUACGUCCGUACUCCGCUCGACGCAAUCAUCCUCUUCGAAGCCUGCCGGCUCGGCAUCCUCCCGCGCGUGCAGCGCCGCCUAUCAGAAAAAGAACGUCUCGCCAUCCGCUCCGGCUCCGUCUUUGUCUGGGACGAGCGCGAGGCCGGCAUGCAGCGCUGGACAGACGGCAAAUCAUGGUCGGCCUCGCGGGUCUCGGGCUCGUUCCUCACCUAUCGCGAGAUGGAGGGCAAGCGUGGCGGCGGGACGUACGGCGGACCGCUCGUGGCCUCGCCUUCGGACCAGCCGCGCGAAGAAGACUCGGACGACUCUGAACGCGAGGGCCCGGACGGAUACCGGUACAAGCCAGACGGGCUUAUGAAGCAGUCGUUCUCCAUCCAGACCUCGUCACAUCUCAAGCUGCAUCUGAUCUCCUAUUACUCGCGCUCGCACGUCCAGACCGGCUCUGAUCUGAUGCAGCCGUGCAACGACCCGGCUCUGAAGUACAUCCGCAUACCAAAGGGCAUGUACCCCGAUGCGACAGCCUCUGAUCCCGAGCCUCUUGGCGGCCCGAUGCCGCUGGGGACUCCCCAUCUGCGACAAAACUCGCUGCCCGCGGCGGCGGCGCAGACUCCUUCGCAAAGCAUCCGGCCGCAGAUCCAGAUCGCACCGCAGCCCAUGAUGCAGCAGCAGCACUCGCAACAGCCGCAGCUUGCUUAUCACCCAUCGCAGCAGCCGCCACAUGUAAGCCCGAUGCAGCAGCAUCCCCAGGCUCCGCCACCUCCGCAAGCACAGAUGCAGCUCCAACCUCCGGCUUACCAGUACGCCCAGCAGCAACAGCAGCAGCCUCCACAGCAGCAGCAAGGACAUGCUCCACCUCCGCCGCCGUCGUUCCAGCAACAGUCGAUGAUGGCGCCUAUGCUCGCUGUACCACCUCACACUCCUCAGCAGCGGUCGCCGAUGAUGGAACAGCAUCUCCAGCAGCAGCAGCAGCAGAUUUACGGAUGGCCGCCAAGUCCGGCAUCGACGCCUCCCAACUACAGCAUACAAUCAAUAUCCCCAUCGCAGCAGUACGCUGCAAACGGCGCCCCCCUUCACCACCCACAGGAUUAUCACCGACAGCAACAGCAGCAACAGCAGCAGCAGCAGCAGCAGGCACCGCUACUCCAGUCCAUGCAGCCACAGAUGGCACAGAUGGCUCCAGUUCCAGUCUAUCAAUAUCAAACGAACGGACUGCCGGUGCCUCCCAAGCAGCCGCUUGCGCCUCAGCAGCAGCAUCAGUACAGCCCACAGCACCUUCAGCAAGCCGCACCUGCUCCUCUACAAGCCGAGCAGCAGACAGAUCCGCAAGUACCGCGGCCUAUGCAGGCCCAGCUGCCACUGCCACCCGCGCAGUCCGGAUCUGAGCACCCCGAAGGCCACGAGGUGCAAGAUAUCCCGUUUGAGAAGGUGUCGUGGGGCGAGGAUAUGCGUGCGAUCAAGGCGCUCAACAAGAGUUUUAUCAUUUAA